UUUUAUUCAUUGUUUAAAAUAAAUUUUUCAAGUUUAUUUUUUUAGCUCUAUAGUGUGCAUGGAAUACUUUGAUGUUUAGAACACGUGCGUUCUCAGCCGACACCAGCCGACAGUCCGACACUAGACACGCAACCUUUGUAAACAAUAAAUAAAUUUUAAUAUCAAUAUAUUGCUUUAAAUUAUUAAAUUAAUUAGCCAUAAAGAUGUUUAAAGUUAUAAAAACAGCCAGUUAUCGGAUACAACAAUUCAGCACUUCAAACAUUCGAUCAAAAGCAUUGAUAAUAUCAGGAAAUAAAUUAGCAGCUGAAAUUCAGGAUAAUCUAAAAAUAUCAAUAAAUAAAUGGGAAGAAUGUGGAAAUAAAAAACCGCAUUUAUCAGCAAUAUUGGUUGGUAAUAAUCCAGCAAGUAAAAUUUACAUUGAAAGAAAAAUGAAAAUAGCAAGUGAAAUUGGUAUAAAAGGCACCACAAUAUAUUUAAAUUCAACAACAACACAAGAUGAAUUAUUACGUAGAAUUAAUCAGCUAAAUAAUGAUGAAGAUGUUGAUGGUAUAAUUGUACAGUUACCAUUACCAAGUGGUAUUGAUGAAAAGUUAAUAUGUGAUGCUGUCUCACCAGACAAAGACGUUGAUGGUUUUCAUUCAACAAACAUUGGAAAAUUAAGUACAGAUAGUGAUGGUUUUAUUCCAGCAACAGCACUUGCUGUUAAAGAGCUAAUUUUAAAAUCUGGUAUUAAAACUCUUGGACAAAAUGCAUUGGUCAUUGGAAGAUCUAAACAUGUUGGUUUACCAAUUGCACUAUUACUACACUCAAAUGGAGAAGGUCAUACAAAUGCACUUGAUAUGACAACGACAAUUUGUCAUGUUCAUACACCAAAAGAAGAAUUAAUCAAAUAUGGAAAACUUGCUGAUGUUGUUGUAUCAGCAACUGGUGUACCAGGACUUGUUACAAGUGACAUGAUUAAACCUGGAGCAUGUGUUAUUGAUGUUGGUAUAACAAGAGUAUAUAUGCUAAAUGGAAAAACUAAAAUUGUUGGAGAUGUUGAUUAUGAACAAGUUAAAAGUAUUGCUGGUUUUAUAACACCUGUACCUGGUGGUGUUGGACCUAUGACUGUUACUAUGCUUAUGAAAAAUACAUUUAUUGCUACUCAAAAAAGACAUAAACAAUAA